AUGUGGCCGGAUGUAAAAAUCGUACAUGGAAAGGCAAGACAUAGCCAAAGUCAAGGAUCAGUGGAACGUGCUAAUCAAGACAUAGAAAAUAUGUUGAGUACGUGGAUGGAAACCAAUCAGUUAUCAAAGUGGUCAGAGGGUUUAAGAUUCAUUCAGGCAAUGAAAAAUAGAGCAUAUCACGAGGGAAACAAAUGUUCCCCCUACGAAGCAAUGUUUGGUUGUCCAAUGAAAAUGGGCCUUGCAACUUCAGCAAUCCAUAGUAAUAUGAUUAGAGUUAUAAGAUUUGAAGAAGAUUUAGAGAAGUUGUUGCAUUCGCAUGACAAUAUGGAACAAAAUAAUGACGUCGAAAAUGCAAUCGAACAGGACAAUGAAGAAAGCAUUGUUGAAAAUGAGUCAGAAGGGGUUAAAUUAAAGGUAAAGAAAGAUUUUUCUUAUAUAGCGGUUCCUCCCCUUUCGCUGCAAUGUUUCGCAGUCAUCUCAGAAUUAUUUUUCAUGGGCAGUCUGCCCCUUACAAGUCUCAUUGUGAGUCCAGCAGAACCCGCCAUGGGCAUGAAAAAGCAUUCUUAA